AUGUGCUGGAUUCAAGGUGCCAUGGUCUUUGAGACCUGCGGCCACCAGCUUGUCGACAUCCUCGAGAGUGAUGUCAAGUACUGUCCCUGGGCCUCUGCCAAGCGCAUGGCUUGCCCCGAGUCCAUGUGUGAGAACGAGGAGAGCUCAGUUCGAAAAGUUCCUAACCUCUGCGAAAACUGCAUUGCACAAAAGUCAAAGAAGGACAACAAAAAGGACACAAUCUCCAAGGUGAACCUACAGGCCAUCGACCUCGACCCUGUGCAGGGUAGGCGUUCUGCUCCUGACGAUUGA